AUGCCCGCCUCCGGUACCCCAGCGACGGCCUCGAGCUCCGGUAGCGCAGCCGGCAUGCUGGCGCCGUUCGCGAACGAGCUCGACAAGAUCGCGCCGUCUUUCAGCAUAAACGGAUCCCAGAUUCGAAUCAUCAGGACACCGACCGAUUUCUACGAGACUUUGAAGGAUCGGAUACGCAAUGCGAAGAGGAGGAUAUUCUUGUCGACUCUGUACAUCGGAAAGACCGAAAAGGAACUGAUUUCGACCCUGCAUGAAGCUCUUCGUAACAACCCCGAGCUCAAGUUGAGUAUUCUCACGGAUGCGCUCCGCGGCACUCGAGAAGAGCCAAACCCGUCCUGCGCUUCUUUGCUUGCGCCUCUGGUGUCGGAAUUCGGUCCAGACAGGGUUGAGAUUCGGAUGUAUCACACACCCAACCUGACCGGAGUGAGGAAGAAAUACAUUCCUAAGCGCAUUAACGAGGGAUGGGGACUGCAGCAUAUGAAGCUGUAUGGCAUCGACGACGAGAUCAUCCUCUCUGGAGCGAAUCUCUCAAACGACUACUUCACGAAUCGUCAAGACCGCUAUCAUCUGUUCGCCUCUAAAGAAGUCACCGACUACUUCUGGAACAUUUACCAAGGUGUGGCCGGCUUCAGUUUCCUCGUCGAGCCCUCCAAGGAACCCGCCGGCUUCGCCUUGACCUGGCCCAAGUCCAACCCUGCGCCCUCUCCUCUAGAAGAGCCGAAGCAGUUUAUCAAAACAACAACGCCCGCCCUCGACGCCCUCAUCUCACCCAAACAGCCCGCAACACAAGACGCGGGCAAAAACACCAAAGUCUACAUGCUAACCCAGCUGUCGCAACUCAUGAAGCCAAACACAUCCACCGAGCUGCCCGCCGUCACCCACGUCCUGUCCACCCUCGCCCUUCCGGAAUACGCCGGCUCAUCGUGGACUUUCACCGCGGGUUACUUCAACCCCGCGCCGUCAUUGACCAAGCUCCUCCUCUCCACGGCGUCCCAAAACAACGUGGUCAUCACUGCCUCUCAGCAGGCGAACGGUUUCUACGGUUCUCCCGGCGUGUCCGGGCUGCUGCCGGGCGCCUACACGCUUCUAGCUCGUCGCUUCGUCCGUGCCGUCCACGAACGCAAACUCGACGACUCUAUUGUCCUGAAGGAAUGGCGCAAGGGUACGGUCGGCGAGCCAGAGGGCUGGACGUACCACGCCAAGGGUUUGUGGGUGACAUUGCCGGGAGAGAAGGACCCCUCGAUCAGCAUUGUGGGAAGCUCCAACUACACCAAGCGCAGCUACUCCCACGACCUCGAGGCCGGUGCCAUGAUCCUCACCAAAGACGAAGACCUCAAGAAGCGCCUAGGCGAGGAGCAGAAGUGGCUUCAGGACCACGCCGAGCGCGUCACCCGAGAGGACUUCUCCAAGCCUGAGCGCCGCGUUGGAAUUAACGUCAGGAUAGCCAUGUGGAUUGCGCAGGCUGUUGGCGGUGCCUUAUAG